AUGGAACGUCAGAGAAUCGAUGUCCUCGCGCGGCAGAUCCAAGCAGGCUUCACGGAGGAGUCUGCAGUUCGGCAGUCACUGGAAGGACGCAAGUUCCUGACGCCAAAGAUUGUCGAUCUCCUCGUCGCCUGCGCCGGCGAGGAGAAUGUGUUCACCGCAGGUGCAGAGUUGGAGAAGCAUUCGCAGGACCACUCUCAUCAUCUUCCGUGCUCACCAGAGAUGGUGAUCUAUGCCAGGUCGACAGAGAUGAUCAGUGGUAUCAUGCGCAUCUGCAACAGCCACCGAGUCCCGGUAACGCCCUGUGGGGCGCGGACAGGUCUCGAGGGUGGUAGCAUCCCUGUGGGCGGAGGGGUCUCUUUGGACCUGUCCAAGAUGAAUCAGGUCCUGAAGCUGUACCAGGACGAGCUCCAAGUUCAUGUGCAGGCGGGGAUCAAGAAGGAGGCGCUGAACGACUACCUGGAAAGCGAAGGUCUGUUCUUCCAGGUGGAUCCGGCCUCGAACCCCUCCCUAGGAGGCAUGGCCGCCACGGGAUCUUCCGGCACGCUGUGCUGCAAGUACGGCACUAUGAAAGAGAAUGUGAUCUCGCUGACAGUCGUUUUGGCCGAUGGCACGGUUGUCACCACAAGGCGGCGGACCCGCAAGAACUCCACUGGCUACGACCUGACGCACCUCUGCAUGGGCCAGGAAGGCACUCUCGCGGUGCCUUGGCUUGGAUUCGUGAAGGUCACUCCCCAGCCCAGCGGCGAAAGCAGCUUGCGCGUCAGCUUUGAUUCAUUGCAGGCGUGCUCGCGGGCUGUGGUGAAGCUGAAACAGGCGCAGCUGAGCCUCUCCCGUGUAGAGCUGCUCAAUGCGCAGAGCAUACUCUCGUUGAAUGACAGCCAGAAGAAUCGCGCCAACCCGAUACAGUUGGAGCCAGUGCCCACGCUCUUCCUCCAGGUCCACGCGACCUCGGCAGCUCUGGCUGCGCAGGAGCUCGACUCUGCCAAGGCCAUCGCAGAAACAGAAGGCGGCCGAUCUUUCGUCCUUGCGACCGAAAAGGAGGAGCAGCAACAGCUCUGGGAUCUCAGGCGAGGUGCCUACUUCGCUUGCCAGUCAAAUCGAAAGCACCUGGUGGCCAGGGGCGCGACGGACGUGCGGAUGCUUACCACAGACGUUUGCGUGCCGUUGAGCGACUUCCCGGCGCUGAUCGAGGAGACGGAGGAAGACUACAACGCCACCGCCGAGGAGACGGGCAUCAGGUUCUUGUGCAACAUAUUUGGCCACGCUGCGGAUGGCAACUUCCACUGCUGUGUCAUGUUUGACCACGGGAACGCCAAGGAGGUGGAGGUCCUGCAUCAGUUGGACAGGCGGAUGUGGGCGCGGGCCCUUGCUCACGGCGGCGUCGUCAGCGGCGAGCAUGGCGCAGGCAUGGGCAAAGUUUCAGCGCUUGCAGAGGAGUGGGGCACCGAUGCGAUUGGCGUGAUGUGGAGGCUGAAGAAGCCGCUCGGCCCCACCCAGAGAACCGCGCUAGCUGAACCCGGGUGUAUUGUUGGCACUCUCAUUACAGCGCAGACGGAGCAGCUGUCGUCGAGAGCAAUGCUUCGCCAGGGGUCUGGUGUCUUUGGUGCCGAUUCUCUACAGGGACUGUCGACCAGGGCUCCUUUGCAGUCAGACGGAGACCGUGACAGUGACAGGAGGCUUUCAGGUGCAAAGUCCGAAGCCCUUCAGCCGGAAUUCUCAGUGUGCCAUGCCUCCCUCUCUCCAUCUUUACUUAGAUGCCUGGACGAGCACGAGAUCCUAAACCCGGGCAAGCUGCUUCCAAGCGGAACAAGAUGA